CCCUCCAUGACACCUGCUGCUGCUGCGGCUGCGGGUGGACGUGGAUGUGACGCGGGACGGUGGAGGUGAUGGAGACACCGGUGCCGGACGCGGAGCUGCUCAACAUCUCCAGCGGCGGCAGCGGCGAUAACCUGACGUCCGCGGACAGCCAGGUGGCGCUGCAGGCGGGAGUGGCGCUCACUCUGGCGCUCAUCACUUUCGCCACCACACUCUCAAACGCCUUCGUCAUCGCCACCAUCUACCAGUCCCGCAAACUGCACACGCCCGCAAACUUCCUGAUCGCGUCCCUGGCGGUGACGGACCUGCUCGUGUCCAUCCUGGUGAUGCCAGUGAGCGCGCUCUACACGGUGACACACACGUGGACUCUGGGCCAGGUGUUCUGCGACAUCUGGCUCUCCUCUGACAUCACCUGCUGCACCGCCUCCAUCCUCCACCUGUGCGUCAUCGCGCUGGACCGGUACUGGGCCAUCACGGACGCGGUGGAGUACUCCAAGAAGCGCACGCCGGCGCGCGCCGCGGGCAUGAUCGCCACCGCGUGGGUCAUCGCCAUCUCCAUCUCCCUGCCGCCGUUCUUCUGGCGCCAGGUGAAGGCGGAGGAGGAGGUGACGAGCUGCAACGUGAACACGGACCACAUCUUCUACACCAUCUACUCCACCUUCGGCGCCUUCUACAUCCCCACGCUGCUGCUCAUCGCGCUUUACGGCAGGAUCUACGUGGAGGCGCGCAAGCGCAUCCUCAAGCAGUCCAGCAACAAGCCGGGGAAGCGGCUCACGUCCGCGCACCUCAUCACCGACUCCCCGGGCUCCGUGGCCUCCAGCUCCUCGCUCAACUACGGCACCAACGACACCAACUCCUCCCCCUGCUGUGACCACGCCUCCUCGUCGUCCUGCGCCAACGUGGGUCACGUCAAAGUGACGGUGAGUGACGCCCUGCUGGAGAAGAAGCGCAUCUGCGCUGCCAGAGAGAAGAAGGCCACCAAGACUCUGGGCAUCAUCCUGGGGGCCUACAUCAUCUGCUGGCUGCCCUUCUUCAUCUACACGCUGCUGGUGCCCGUGUGUGACUCGUGCUUCCACCCGGAACUCUUUGACGUGUUCACGUGGCUCGGUUACCUCAACUCACUCAUCAACCCCAUCAUCUACACCAUGUCCAACGAGGACUUCAAAAAGGCCUUUCACAAACUGCUGCGCUUCCGGUGCUGCAGAGCCUGAGCCCCGCCCCCCACACACUGAGCCCCGCCCCCAACUGGUCCAUAACUAACCCAGAACUUACUCAUAACUGACCAGAACUAACCAAUAACUCAUCACAAGAACUGACCAGCCCAGAACUAACCAUGACUGACCUCUACUGAUCCAUAACUAACCCAGGACUGACCUCAACCAAUCCAAAACUGACCAGAACUAACUCAUAACUGACCCAAAACUAAGUUAACUGACCCUGGACUGACCACAACUGACCAGAACUAACCGAUAACCCAUCACAAGAACUGACCAGCCCAGAACUAACCAUGACUGACCUCAGCUGACCUCAACCAAUCAAAAACUGACCAGAACAACUGACUAGUCCAGAACUAGCGCAUCACUGACCAGAACUAACCGUAACCAACCAGAACUGACCAUAUCUGACCAGAACUGACCUCAGCUGGCCUUUAACUAACCCAUAACUAACCUAUAACUGACCAUAACUAACAAUAAUUAACCACAGCUGGUCAGAGCUGACCUCUCCACUUGCAGUCAUGUGAAGUCUUGGAUUGAACCACAACUCCCUCUACAGGUCGACCUGAGGAUUACGCCAUGACAAUGUCGCCGCGACGCAGCAGAGGAUUGUGGGAAAUAAUGACUGACCCUCAGUCAGACUGUGCUGCUGCCAUUUCCUGAGCCAGUGGAAUUCCUUUAAAGGCAUAGUUCAGGUUUUUUCAUUUAACGGUACAGGUGUCUACGUCUUUAAUAAUCUGCAAUAAUCUGUAAUAACUGCAAGAAAUUAACAAAAAACACUGUUAAUGUUUCACCUUAACGAAUGAGUGCCACAAGGGGGAGCUGUAUCUGUUUGUGUCAUGAUUUUCUUUCACUUAAAAACAUAUGAAUCCUGUGUGUGUGCACUUUACCACAUAGCUUAGCAUUAGCAUCAUAGACUUUACCAGAAGAAGAUAUUUUUUCAGAGGGAAUGACAAACUUUUCUCUGUCAGAUUUUGUGCUGAGAAAUUUUAUUUUUCCGUUUUAAAAGUUUAAGUUUUUUGUGUCU